UCAAGAGAGGGGGGGAAAGGAAGGGAAAAAAAAGGGGGGGGGGAAGGCAGACAGACACACACUUUAGAUAAGGACAAUUAGUCACCAGCGAGACCCUGUAGGAAGAGAGGUUUAAAUCAGAGGGAUUUAAUGAGGGUGCUCUCUGCCUUCCCUGAAGCCAUGCCCUCCAGCAACUCCCGCCCCCCCGCGUGCCUAGCCCCGGUGGCGCUCUUCUUGGCUCUGUUGCUCCAUCGCUCCCUUUCCUCCCAAGCUGGAGACAGGAGACCCUUGCCUGUAGACAGAGCUCCAGGUAUGAAGGAAAAGACCCUGAUUCUACUUGAUGUGAGCACCAAGAACCCAGUCAGGACAGUCAAUGAGAACUUCCUCUCUCUGCAGCUGGAUCCGUCCAUCAUUCAUGAUGGCUGGCUCGAUUUCUUAAGCUCCAAGCGUCUGGUGACCCUGGCCCGGGGACUUUCUCCCGCCUUUCUGCGCUUCGGGGGCAAAAGGACCGACUUCCUGCAGUUCCAGAACCUGAGGAACCCGGCAAAAAGCCGUGGGGGUCCCGGCCCGGAUUACUAUCUCAAAAACUAUGAGGAUGACAUUGUUCGAAGUGAUGUUGCCUUGGAUAAACAGAAAGGCUGCAAGAUUGCCCAGCACCCUGAUGUUAUGCUGGAGCUCCAACGGGAGAAGGCAGCUCAGAUGCAUCUGGUUCUUCUAAAGGAGCAAUUCUCCAAUACUUAUAGUAAUCUUAUAUUAACAGCCAGGUCUCUAGACAAACUUUAUAACUUUGCUGAUUGCUCUGGACUCCAUCUGAUAUUUGCUCUAAAUGCACUGCGUCGUAAUCCCAAUAACUCCUGGAACAGCUCUAGUGCUCUGAGUCUGUUGAAGUACAGUGCCAGCAAAAAGUACAACAUUUCUUGGGAACUGGGUAAUGAACCAAAUAACUAUCGGACCAUGCAUGGCCGGGCAGUAAAUGGCAGCCAGUUGGGAAAGGAUUACAUCCAGCUGAAGAGCCUGUUGCAACCCAUCCGGAUUUACUCCAGAGCCAGCUUGUAUGGCCCUAAUAUUGGGCGGCCCAGGAAAAACGUCAUCGCCCUUCUAGAUGGAUUCAUGAAGGUGGCAGGAAGCACAGUGGAUGCAGUUACCUGGCAACAUUGCUACAUUGAUGGCCGGGUGGUCAAGGUGAUGGACUUCCUGAAAACUCGCCUGUUAGACACACUCUCUGACCAGAUUAGGAAAAUUCAGAAAGUGGUUAACACAUACACCCCAGGAAAGAAGAUUUGGCUUGAAGGUGUGGUGACUACCUCAGCUGGAGGCACAAACAAUCUAUCAGAUUCCUAUGCUGCAGGAUUCUUAUGGUUGAACACUUUAGGAAUGCUGGCCAAUCAGGGCAUUGAUGUUGUGAUUCGGCACUCAUUUUUUGACCAUGGAUACAAUCACCUUGUGGACCAGCAUUUUAACCCAUUACCAGACUAUUGGCUCUCUCUCCUUUACAAGCGCCUGAUCGGCCCCAAAGUCCUGGCCGUGCAUGUGGCUGGGCUCCAGCGGAAGCCCCGGCCAGGCCGAGUGAUCCGGGACAAACUAAGGAUUUAUGCUCACUGCACGAACCACCACAACCACAACUAUGUUCGAGGGUCCAUUACGCUUUUUAUCAUCAACUUGCACCGAUCAAGAAAGAAAAUCAAACUGGCCGGGACUCUCAGGGACAAGCUCGUGCACCAGUAUCUGCUGCAGCCCUAUGGACAGGAGGGCCUGAAGUCCAAGUCAGUGCAGCUGAACGGCCAGCCCCUAGUGAUGGUGGACGAUGGGACCCUCCCAGAACUGAAGCCCCGCCCCCUGCGGGCCGGCCGGACGUUGGUCAUCCCUCCAGUCACCAUGGGCUUUUAUGUGGUCAAGAAUGUCAACGCUUUGGCCUGCCGCUACCGAUAAAUCCCCUUACACUCACAAAUCACCAGCAGGCCUGCCAGACUACUUUCCACUCUUCUGCCCUAACGGUAUCAGUAUUUUUUCAGGCAUCUUCUGAGCAACCAACCCGUCUCUGCCAGCCCUUCCUGCUGGAAUCAACACUGACAUGCUCUCCAAAGAGACAAAUACCCUAGCAUGAGCUUAGCCUAAGUAGGUCACUCCCACCCCAAGGGAAGAGGUGGACAUCACCGGUACCUGUGUUAGCACAAAGGCAUGUGUGUAAAGCUGUCUGCAGCCUUGUACAUGCACCAUGCGAACAAGCUGACGGUGCGUGCCCAGGACAGAUCCAACAACUCCCCACAAUCCUGCUCACAUAGCAGGGAAACUACAGACCUUGGUCUGAGACUGCUGCCCUCGGCAGAAGAUGAGGAAGGAAGAAACCCUGUGGACCUUGGAGAGCCCAGUCCCGCCCAACUCCUUUCUUUUGUCUGUUCCCUGCUGUUGCCUUGGGUUUCAUAUCACCUCUCCUCCCAUAGGGGAGCAAGUGGGUGAGUCAGUGCUGGCCUGCUGGGCGAGCUGUUUAUGUAAUUUCCUGGCUGAUGUAUGAGUGUGUGCAUCUGGGUUUCUGGCAGUGGCAUCAAUCACUAGCUAUUCCUCUGGGAAGCGGGUGCUUCUAAAGUAAAAUUGCAAUCAUACUCCAGAUUUUGUAAGAAGGUUCUAUUCCUUUGUGAAUCCAGAUUCCCCCAGGGUUGGGAUGGGAGUCAGGUAACAGUAUUCAUUGAGUGGAGAGCAAUGUAUUAGGCACCACAGAAGGCAAUCAUCAUCUGUCAUGUGGCUGCAAGGGAGAGUUUUAGAAAGAGAAAGCGCACCCAACCACCAAACACAGACACACACACACACGUCCCCCAACUGAACAAAGAAAAUAGUUAGACCUAUCUCAACUUUGAGAGAACAUUAAGGGCUUGAUAGGGUAAGCCCUUAAUGGUUUGGUUGACCAAAACCAUCUUUAAAAAAGGUACAAAUCAAAGGUCAUCAGAGCUGUAAGACACAACCGAAUCUAACAGCUUUCUGCUGCUUACCAAGUAGCUGAGUGCUCUCAAUGGCUUAUAUUAGGCAGAAAACUAAUGUGCUCAUAAAAGAUGACCAGGUCCGUGCUCUCCCAGACCAGCUUAUUUGAGCGCAGAAAAACAUUUUCAGGUCACCACGCUGGGGAAAGAUCUGGAGGCUGAGGUCUGGUGGGGAACCUGUAGAGGAACAAGAGAUGGAAGACCCUCUGGGUUGGGCAGUGGGGAGUGGAGUGGUUUAAAUUUCACGACAAAGACCUUCUGUAUGAUUCAAGAAGUUUGUGUGGGUCUUUGCAAACAAGUUACAACUGAAAUGACUUUCUUUUCUCUGGAUGUGAUUUUCUUUUGCAGGAUAAAUGACAAAGGAUUUUUUCUUUUUUAAGGAGGAGGUAGUAGACAAUGUCAUAGGAUUCCAAUAGAGAGAGACACAACUUCUGCUGAUGUGCAAGGAUAGAAAUGAAGGAGGGGGCAAGGUGGCUGAGGCCAGAGGCUACAGAGACUGCCCGAGGAAGCGUUAAGGAGCAGGGCCAAGUCUACAGAGUGAAUGAUAAGGAAGAUUAGGCAAGAGAGGAGGGAGCAGACUCUCAGCGUGGAGAGCUGGAAAUUGGGAGAGGGAAUGGAGUCAUUUUCAACAAGCUUAUUAUUAGGUAAGGAGCAACAGCACCAGGAGGUGUGAAGUGGGAAAGGGGAGACCGAGGACCAGGCUGCACCCGGUCAGUGGUGGCUCAGUGCAGCCCACUGAUGCUUCAGAUGUGGGAGCAGGAGAGAGAGAAGUGCCAACCCUGGGGGUAGAAAGGCAGGGAAGAAGCAGCCAAGAAACGCGAAGAAGAAAAAGGAAAAGAGGAGUAAGAGACAAAGAGGUUUCCCCCAAUUUAAAAAACUUGGUGCAAAUAUCAAAGUCUUUUCUGUAAUAUAUACUGGCGCGGGUACAGCUGCAAGCCCUCUUAAUAACAAGAGUGACCAGAGGUCCCUGCGGGCCAGCCCUGAGCUAGUUUGCUUUCCUAAGAUAGCAGCCCUUCAGGGAGAUACUAUUCAUAUCUCCAUUUUUCCUGUGAGGCCUGGAGUAGGCCUAUAGCUGCCCAGGGUCACCCAGGGAGUGGGUUGCUGAGCUCAGAACAGUCCAGAGCCUGUUCAUUUAAGCACCCAGCUCAGUGGCUGCCUGAUUCACAGACUUACCUCUUUCCCUUUUCAUAGGUUCCACUGAAUCAGUACAGCCAGGAUCUCUGAAGCUCCACUCAGACACACUUUCUGUAAAUAAGUGUUGACUUUUCACUAAGACUCUAAAUGUUUCAGGAUAU